UAAAGGGAGAAGAAGAGAGGAGAGAGGCAAGAGGGAGAAACUGUAUAAAAGAAGCUCCCUUGAGAUUUCUAAAAUUCAGACAAAAACUUCAGAGGUAAGGAAACUUACCAGAUUUGGCACCUGACCUUUAGUGAUGGACCCAGAAGCGGCCUCACUUUAUUUGGAUUAUUCCUAUGCUACAAGCCCAAACCCUGACCUCCAGGAGACUCGCUCCCACGUUCCUUACACCUCCGUUUUCCUUCCCGUCUUUUACACAGCAGUGUUCCUGAUGGGAGUGCUGGGGAACCUCGUGCUCAUGGGCGCGUUGCAUUUCAAACAGGGUAGCCGAAGGCUCAUCGACAUCUUUAUCAUCAACCUGGCUGCCUCCGACUUCGUUUUCCUUGUCACGUUGCCCCUCUGGGUGGAUAAAGAAGCGUCUUUAGGCCUGUGGAGAACGGGCUCCUUCCUGUGCAAAGGCAGCUCCUACGUCAUCUCGGUCAACAUGUACUGCAGCGUGUUCCUGCUCACGGGCAUGAGUGUGGACCGCUACCUGGCCAUCGUGCACCCAGCCGCGUCCAGGAAGUUCAGAAGGAGGGACUGCGCCCAUGGGGUCUGCGCCAGCAUCUGGUUUGUCUCCGGCCUCUUGGGCCUGCCCACACUUCUGUCUAGGGAACUCAGGCUGAGUGGUGAUAAACUAUACUGUGCAGAGAAAAAAGCAACCUUGGUGAAACUGAUGUGGGCCCUGGUGGCCUUGAUUUUCACCUUUUUCGUCCCCUUGCUGAGCAUCGUGACCUGCUACUGUUGCAUCACAAGGAAGCUCUGCGCCCACUACCAGCAGUCAGGAAAGCAUAACAAAAAGCUGAAGAAAUCCAUAAAGAUCAUCUUUAUCGUCGUGGCAGCAUUUGUCAUCUCCUGGCUGCCCUUUAAUAUGUUCAAGCUCCUGGCCAUUGUCUCUGGGUUGCAGCAAGAACCCUCCUUUUCCUCACCUGUUCUUCAGCUGGGCAUGGAGGUGACUGGACCCUUGGCAUUUGCCAACAGCUGUGUCAACCCUUUUAUUUACUAUGUCUUUGACAGCUACAUCCGCAGGGCAAUAGUGCACUGCUUGUGCCCCUGUCUGAAGAACUAUGACUUUGGGAGCAGCAUUGAGACAUCAGAUAGUCACCUCACUAAGGCCCUCUCCAACUUCAUUCAUGUAGAGGAUUCUACCAGGAGGAGGAAGAGGUCUGUGUCACUCUGAAAGGAACUGUGACAUUUUCAAGCUCUGUUGGUGGGUUGGGAAGUUAAAUUUAUCAGCAACAAAGAAAGAAGGAAAGUAUUAAUGAUAGGAUUCAUAUUGCUUCAUGAAUACAGGGAAAAUUAAUUUUUUAAAGAGAGGAUUGAAAUGUCUCUGUGUGAUACAGUUAGGCCACAUGUCAUUUUCUCAGCUGAGCAGCCUUAUUUGACCCUGGCCAUGAAGUCCACCAGACAAAAUACAAUUCCCAUCUGUCCUUGAACUCCUAGAUAAAGGCUUCUGCUUGAACCAGUUCCUUUCUCAAUGAUUAUUAAUAUGCAUAAGGGUCUCAAGAAUCAUGGUAACUACAUUUUCCCUAUUAGACUUCAAAUUGGACUACAUUUAAAAAAUUCUACCCACUUUCUUCUGGUAUGAAAUGUAGUGAUAAUUCAGGUCCCCAAAAUACAAUAUACCUACAUUGUGUCAUUAAUUGUUCCUGAAUUAUUAAGCUGCAUUCUGUCCUCAAUCUUUAAAGCUUUGUACAGUGAUUCUUCAUCAACUUCCA